AUGGCAGGACGCCGGUACGCCGAUGAUGUAUCCAUUUACGAAGAUCGUCGAGAAAGUUACUCCCGAAACGGUCGACGAUACUACGAUGACCGGUACCUGGAAGAAGAGGUAGACUAUCGUCGCCCCGCUGUCCGUGAACGAGAAAGAGAAACUAUUGUACGAGAAGAAGUCCGUGAGCGGCCAGGGUCUACUCCUGCUUUCCUGCAAGAGGGUUACGGCCGAACCACUGCUGGGCCGGUGGUCCUUAGAAAGCGAGAACAAGAAGACUUCGAGUUCGCUGCUCGACCUCGUCGGCGAUCCCCCUCUCCCCAGCCAGAGCGAAAAGUCGAAAAGGAGGAGAUCAUCAUCAGGAGAGACGAGUCGGAAGCAAGACCUCCACCACGAAUAAGAGAGCGGGAGCGUGAGGUCGACCGUGAAGAGAUCAUCAUCCGCCGAGACGAGCGGGAGCCCGAGCGCAGACUGCCACCUCCCCAACGUGAUCGAGAUCGGGAGGAAAUCAUCAUUCGAAGAGACGAGCGAGAACGAGAGACGCGGCCACCACCGCCCAGGGAAAUAAAUUCUUCCAGAGAGGAAAUUGUCAUCCGCCGCGAUGAGCGAGAGCGCGAGGUGCGCCCACCGCCACCGAGAGAGGUCAACUCCUCGAGGGAGGAAAUUGUGAUUCGCCGUGACGAGAGAGAGCGCGAGGUGAGACCACCCCCGCCCAGAGAGGUCAAGUCCUCGAGGGAAGAAAUUGUCAUUCGUCGCGAUGAGGAUGACCGACGCUCUCGCUAUGACGACUAUGAGGAUGUAAUCUCUCGCCGGGAUUUCGACACCAGGUCCGUCCGAGGCGACGUCGACCGGCAAGAAAUCAUCAUCCGCCGCGAUGAGCAGAAUCUUGACGCCCGCCGAUAUGACGACUACGCACUGACUCGUCCCAAAUCGCAUGAACGAGCGAGGUCGAGAGCUCGACGUUCCAGCAGUGCUUCGAACGAUGAAAUCAUCAUCCGGCAACAGGAGCGACAAGGACGCAGCGGCACCACCAACCAACAGGAAAUUAUCAUUCGUAAGAGCUCUCGGUCUCGGUCUCCUGCUACGUCGGUGACCUCAGCUCGCACUGCCCCGGCGCCUCUGCCUCCUCCAGAGCCUCCGGUCAUCAACGCUCCCACCAUUCACCAGGAGGUCAUAACACAUCAUCGCCAUAUCGACCAUGGCUUUGAAGUUGCGAUCCCAACCCGACCGCGAGUGAUUUCACGACCACCGUCGCCGCCAAGCCCGCCCGUACGAGCUCGAUCAGAAGAGCGUAUCGAGAUUAGCAGAACUCAAACGCGCAAUGGUCGGACCGAGAAUGAGGAUAUCGUGAUAGAUCGCAGGGACGGUCCAGCCAGCCCGCAAAGCGUUGCGCCGUACGUUCCUCCACCCGCACGUGAUCCGUAUUACGAUCCUCCACCUGCGCGCCGCGACGUCUAUCGGGGCUAUGAACGCGAUGUGCACGAAGAAGCAGAGUACUAUAACGGUCGUGCAAUGGAUCGAGCUUACAUCGGCGAAGCCUAUCAAGGAGCCACCCGUGACUGGGAAAUUGUCGAUGUUCCCCCGGGUACACGUCGUGUGCGAAUGGACGGAGCUGGUGGGGCGAGUCAGGAGAUUACCUGGCAAAGAUACAAUGGCGUCCGGAGAAGCAAGUUCAUGCCUGAUGGAGUUGAUGAUCGGUACGACAGCUCAGUUGCAAGACCCCUUCCAGCUCCUGCACCGCUCCCUGCGCCAAUUCCAACCCCUUCCCCCGCUCCACUGCCAGCAGCCAAUGGGGACAUUGGUCGUCGUUACGGGAAGGAGCGUGAUCCCAAGGACGGCUUGUGGACCGAGGUGACCAAGGAUCUUGUUGUCAAGGAGGCGAUUCAAGAAAUGGGAUAUGAAUAUGAGGAGACUGACGACUUCUACUACAUUAUCGCGUAUCUCCGUUACGAAGACAUUGCUCGUCUGGUAGGUCUGUCGGACGACAUUCGCAAAGAGCGCCGGAAGCGGAUCAAAGAAAUUGAGUGGGAAAAUCGAGUGCUCCCUCCCCCGGUGGAUGACCCGCUGCCACGGCCUCUGGUCAUCGAACCUCCUCCGCCACGGCACCGGCAGGAGUGGGAUCGAGAAGAAGAGCGCUUCAUUGAGCGGGAAGUCGUCUACAGAGGGGGUCGACCACCUCCUCCACCGGGAUGGAGGCGUUGA